CUAUUAAUCCUCCAUCCUCAGUCAAGAACUCCUCUUUCCCAUGCCACCUGGCUACAGCGACCUCUUCUCUUCUCUCCUCGUCGACUCUUCCUUUUUGUUCAUUCCUCACCCCCACAUUCAACGAAGGGUUCAGCAUCUGGCUCACUGUCUUCUUCUCUACCCCAAGUCCUGACAUCAUUCUGGCUACCCAGAACACACCUACCCUCUCUUCCGUAUGACAGCCCUUCAGAGACUUGAAUACAGAGAGUGACUCUCCUGUGAGUUAAGAGUACUGGCUGAGUCAGACUGACCCGAGUGACAAGCUCAGCUUCAUUCCCUCUCAGCUGUGAGAGCCAAGCUGUCUGAAAUCCUUGGAGACACGGUAUUGAAUCUUUGUCCUGGGAUUUUCUUGCCGCUUAAGCAUCAGCAGGAUCCCUGAUGUCAUCACUUUAGGGGCUCCCUCCAUCUUGUCCUGUAGCCAUGGCAGAUAUGUCAGCACCUUUACAGUCACUGCAAUUCAACAAUAUGCUGAGGGAGGAAAAUGUGGACCCCCAAAAUAUGGAGACAAACUUCUCUAGACCAAUGACAGAGAACAGAGCAGAGGUCCAAUUUAUGCAUUCUUAUGCACAGAUGCCUACAGUCUCAACUUCAGCCUCAGACCCUGGAGGGACAUCCAUACAGACAUCCUCAGCCUUUGACACAAUAUCUACACUUCUGAUGGGAUCACCAAACUCUGGAGCAUUGUCUCCACCACCACUGCCAGUCUCAGACUCUGGGACACUGUCCCCACUACUAAUGCCAUCCUCAGAGGCUGGAACAUUAUCACCAUUGUUAAUGCCAGCCUCGGAUUCUGGGGCACUAUCCCCAAUGCUAAUGCCAGCCUCAGAUGCUGGAACAUUGUCCCCAUUGCUAAUGCCAGCCUCAGAUUCUGGGACACUGUCUCCAUUGCUAAUGCCAGCCUCAGAUGCUGGAACAUUGUCCCCAUUGUUGUCCAUGUCAGAAUAUGGGUUAAUAUCUCCAGGAAUGUUGACAAUUCCUGACUUUGGAACAACGUCUACAUCACUAAACACCACAGAUUCUGUAGAGAUAUCACCACUGGCAAUUACAGCUCCAUCAUCUGGAGAUAUGUCUACACCUAUAAUGAGCACCUCAUCCUCUGAAGCAAUGUCCACACCAUUAAUGCCUGCCCCGGAUCCUGGAGAGAUAUCGCCACUCAUAAUUCCAGCUAUAAACCCUGGAGUUCCAUCCACACAGUCAACAACAACUCCAGACUGUGAAGAAAUGUCCCCAUUGCAAAUUACAGAUGAAGACACCGAAGCAAUGUCAAAAGUGCUCAUGACUGCCCUAGCCUCUGGAGAGAUAUCUUCACUGCUCAUGUCGGGCACAGACUCUGAAGCAAUAUCGUCACUGAUAAUGUCAGCCAUAUCGUCCAGAGAAACAUCAACCAAGCCAACAAACACUCAAGAUUCUGAGGGAAUGGCUAACCCACUCAUGUCAGGCUCAGACUCUGGAGUCAUGUCUUCACUGCUAACAUCAGCUUCAGGCUCUGAAAUAAUGUCCUCACCACAGCUGUCCAUCCCAAAUGCUGGAGAAACAUCAACAUUACCAAUGCCAGCCCCAGACGCUGAAGCAGUGUCCCUACUGCUAAUGACAGCUCUAAGCUCUGCAGAGAUGCCCACCCAAAUGAUGGCAGCCACAAGCUCUGGAGUGAUGUCCCCACAGUUAACACAAAACCUAGACUCUGAAUUCAUGUCUACUUCACCAACGAGAGCAACAGCCUCUGCAGUGAUGCCCAUACUGCCAGUGACAGUUUCAGAUGCAGGAGCAACGUCCACACCAUUAAUGAGAACACUAGCUUCUGGAAACAUUUCCACAUUGCAAAAGAUAGCACCAGCCUCUGGGACAAUGUCCACACCACUAAUGACAGCCACAAGCUCUGGAGAGAUGUUCACAGAGAAAAUGUCAAAUACAGCUUCUAGAUUGAUGUCAACACAGUCUAUGGCCAAAACUUCUGGAACAACACCCACAGGUUUUGUGAAGGCCACAGCCAGUGGAGCAAUGUCUACACAGCAAAUGAAAGCCCAAGAUUCCGGAGUGAUGUCCACUCAGCCAGUUACAGCCACAGCAUUUGAAACAAUAUCUAUGCCACAACCGAUAGUCAUAGCCUCUGGGUCACUGUCCACACAGCAAAUCAGAACUACUGUCUCUGGAACAAUGUCCAUAUCACAGGGGAGAACCACAGACUCAGCACUGACAUCUACACAACAAAUAAGAGCUACAGCCUCUGAAGCAGUGUCCAUUCCACUAAUAACAGCCAAAGCCUCUAGCUCAGUGUCUCCACUGUUAAUGAGAGACACAGCUUCAGGAAUGAUGUCUAUGCCACAAACGAGAGCUUCUGGAACAUUAUCUGAGCCACUAAUGAUACACAAACCUUCUGGAACAGUGUUUAUGCAGCAAAUGACAACAGCAGCUUCUAGAGAAAUGUCUUCAGUUCUAAUGAGGGACACAAUUUCUGGAGCUCCAUUCUUGCCACAAAUGACAGACACAGCCUCAAUAGGGAUAUCUUCACUGCCCCAGAAAGCCACUGUCUCUGGAGCAAUGCCCACAUUGCAGACAACUCCCACAGCCUCUGGAGAUAUGUCCAUGCCUCUAUUGGGAGUCCCAGGCCCUGUAGGAAUGUCCACAUCACUAAUGAGAGCCACAGACUCUGGGAAGAUGCCCAAUCAGCCAAUGAGCACCCAAGACUCUGGAGAAAUGUCUACAUCACUCAUGAGAUCCAUGAUCCCUGGAGGGGUACAGAUGAGAACCCAUGCCUCUGGAUUGAUGCCCACACCACCCAUGAGAGCCACAGACUCUGGAGAGUUGUCUACACUCACAAGAGUCUCAUCCUCUGGCGAGAGAACUCUUCCCCCAAGAAUCCUGGCUUCUACAGAAACAGUGACACCUCCAAGAGCCUCGACUUGCGAAACAAUAUCUGUUGCACAAAUGUCAGCCACAACUUCUGGAAUGAUGUCCACACCACAGAUGAAGGCUGCAGUCUCUGGAGCAGUGUCUACACCACUAAUGAGAUUCACAACCCCUGGAGAGACUUUCAUGUCUCAAGUGACAUCUACAGCUUCUGGAGGGAUAUCUUUGCCACAGAGAACCCCGACCUCUAGAGUGAGGUCCACACCACAAAUGGUCCCCACAGCUUCUGGAGAUACAUACAAACUCCCAAUGCGAUCACCAGCCUCUGGAGUGAUAUCAAUACCACAAGUCAGAACACCAGCCUCUGGAAAUAUGCUCACACCAGUAAGGAGAUUCUCAGCUUCUGGAGCUGUGUCCCCAGAGUUAAUGAGAGCUUCAGCCUCUGGAAAGAAGCGUACUGCACAAAAGAGAGCCAUGGCCUCUGAAGGGAUGUUCAAACCGUUAAUGAGAACCAUGCCCUCUGAAACAAUGCCCAUGCCUUUGAUGUCAGCCAAGGUUUCUGGAGAGAUGUCUAAGCCACUAAUGAAAAACACAGCCUCUGGAGCAAUGCCAGCACUGCAAACCAAAGUCAUAAGUUCUCGAUCUAUGUCCUUGCCACAAUCGACAAGAAGAGCUUCUGGAGGAAUAGCUAAGUCACCAAUGGUAGUCUCAGCUUCUGGAACGAUGUCUACACCACUAAUGAGAUUCUCCACCUCUAGAGAUAUAUCCAUGCCACAAACAUCAGCUAUGGCUUCUGGAGUGAUGUCCACAUCUCUCACGAAGGCCCCAGACUCUGGAGCAACAUCCACACCACAAACAGCCUUUGGAAUGAUGUCCACUCUGGAAAUCAAAGCUACAGAUUCUGGAGAGGCAUCUACUUCACAUACCAACUUCACAGCCUCUGGAUCGAGGGCUGUACCACACAUGACUGCCAGAACCCCUGAAACAAGAAGCCCACAAUCAAGGGAAGCAUCAUCCUUUGGAAUGUUGACUCCAGCACUUUGUUACCUCUUAGAGGAACAGGAAGGAGUCCGGGCUUCAAGCUCAGUGGGGGAGAUGGAGAUUGAUGAGGAGGAGCAAAUGAAGGGUUUUUUGGAUGAUUCAGAGAAAAUGGCAUUUCUGGUGUCUCUUCAUCUGGGUGCAGCAGAGAGGUGGUCUAUUUUGCAGAUGGAGGUGGGAAACCCCCUCUCAGAUGAAAAUAAAUUAUUCAUGAACAAAGCACAAGGCUUAUAUGACUCGUUGUCUGAGAUAGACAUCCUCAGUGCUGUUCUUUGCCAUCCCAAGCAGGGCCAGAAGUCAGUCAGGCAGUAUGCAACUGACUUCCUGCUGCUGGCCCGAAAUAUGUCUUGGUCUGAUGCCAUUCUACGGGCCAGGUUUUUGGAAGGACUUUCAGAAGCCGUUACUACCAAAAUGGGUCGGAUCUUCCUAAAGGUGGCUGGCAGCCUAAAGGAGCUGAUAGACAGAUCUCUCUACACAGAGUGCCAGCUGGCAGAGGAGAAGGGUUCCUUGGGAAAAUCAAGCCAGGUUCUGUCGACAGCCUGUAAGCGGAAUAAUGAGGAGGCCAUGGAGAAUGAACCGAGCUCUCAGCAGCAGACUGAGGAGUCUCAGCAUCAACAUGUUCCCAAACGCUGUUUCUACCUGAAAGAACGUGGAGAUCCUCAAAAGAGUCUUCAUGAGUACCUUCGACAGAGCACAGCUCAUCAGAAGACAUCUACACACAAAUAAUGCUCCCUGGACUCCUCUUCUGUGAUAUCUGUUUUGGCUGCUAACUUUAGGAUUGGUUCCUGAACUCAUUCCAUUCAACUACAUCAUAAACCUUGUUGCCUUUACUGUCCACCCUCCUCCUCCAGGGACACCCCACUUAAUCCCCCAUGUGGCUGCCUUGACCUUGUCUUUCACCCACAAGCCUAUGACCUUCUUCAACAACCGGAGUGUGGACUAUAAGAGUGUGUGGUGUUUGAGAUUCUGAGCUCCCAUCAUCAUCAAGGUCAGUCCUAGUUGUUGGUCUACGAAGAAGUCUAGGCAGAACAAAUCAUUUCCUACCUCAGAAACACUUGCCAUGUGUCAUCAGGCAAACAUGAGAAAAUUCUAGUCUCACUCCACCUGGAAGGAGAGCCUAUAAAGAGAGAGAUAUCCACUCCUACACCACCUUUCAAAACCAGUAGACUUGCCCCUAUGUGCUCCUUCCUUAUAGCACCUAAAAUGGAUCUCCAGGGCCCUUGCCCUGUUUAUAGUUUCCAUUCUGAAUCAUUCGUUUUGACUAAUAAUAAUAAUAAUAAUAGUGAUAGUAAUGGCUAACGGUUAUUGAUAAUGUACCAUAUCACAGGUACUGGGCUAAAAUCCUGACAAGCACCAUCGCACUACAUUGAUAGAGUGCCCCAACUUGUUCCUGUGUUGUUAGCUUCUGCUCUCUUGAUGUAUUGUUUAUGGCCUUUGUCCUUCAGUGUGGAAUCUCUAGAUCUGACCUCUGGGUGGUGCCUCAGCUGUUAAUUGCCCUAACUCGCUUUGGCUGCUGUGCUUCGUGGUCCUCACUCUUGAUAAGAGUCUUGGUCUCUAAGUAGGCAUAGAUUAGAGCAUAAUAUGCUCACUGCUCAGUGUUUACUUUCAGGUGGUGGAGUUAUGGGUAAUUUUUAUUUUCUUUCUACUACUCUAUGCUUUCUAGUUU